CAAACUGCAGGCGGGCGAGGUGCACACGGCGGCGGCGAGGGGAGCGAGCACUUUGUCAUUGGUGGUUGGAGGGGAGGGGAGAUUUACGCCGCAGUAAAGCCGGCAGCGAGGGUAGGGGGAAACUUGGGCUUCUUCGUCGCAGGAUGGGCAAGGAUUAUUACGGCAUCCUGGGCUUGCAGAGGGGGGCUUCCGAGGAAGAGGUCAAGAAAGCUUAUCGCAAGCAAGCGCUGAAAUGGCACCCGGACAAGAACAAGUCCGCCAACGCCGAGGAGAAGUUCAAGGAGGUGGCCGAAGCCUACGAGGUGCUGAGCGACCCCAAGAAGAGGGAGAUCUACGACCAGUUUGGGGAAGAGGGGCUCAAAGGAGGAGCUGGUGGUCCCGAUGAGCAGGGAGGAACAUUCCGCUACACUUUCCAUGGAGAUCCUCAUGCCACCUUUGCAGCAUUCUUCGGGGGUGCCAACCCCUUUGAGAUGUUCUUUGGAAGGAGGAUGGCAAACGGCAAUCAGGAGGAGGGCAUGGAUGUGGACUCUGACCCUUUUGCCCAGUUUGGAGGCUUCAGCAUGAACGGCUUCCCCAGGGAAAGACAUGGGGCAGGGGUGAUGGGGCAGAUGCGGUGCCGGCAAGACCCGCCCAUCAUCCAUGACCUCCGAGUGUCCCUGGAGGAGAUCUACAAUGGCUCCACCAAGAGGAUGAAGAUCUCCAGGAAGAGGCUGAAUCCUGAUGGCAGGACCGUCAGGACAGAGGACAAGAUACUUGCUAUUGAAAUUAAAAAGGGCUGGAAAGAGGGAACCAAAAUCACAUUCCCCAAAGAAGGGGACGAAACGCCCAACACUAUUCCAGCUGAUGUGGUUUUUGUACUGAAGGACAAGCCGCAUUCCCACUUUAAGAGGGAUGGAUCAAAUAUUGUGUACCAUGCCCGCGUCAGCUUAAGAGAGGCUUUAUGUGGCUGUGCAAUUCAUGUGCCAACAAUGGAAGGCAGAUCAGUCCCAUUAACAACUCAGGAAGUGAUCAAACCAGGAUCAAGGAAAAGGAUAAGUGGCAAAGGAUUGCCAUUCCCUAAAAACCCAGACCGCCGAGGUGACCUAAUCGUGGAAUUUGAAGUCAUUUUCCCAGACUUUAUAGCCACUUCGUCCAAAGAAGUGCUGAAGCGACAUUUGCCCAUGUCAUAAAUGUGAGGACUGGUAUGUUUCACCAGAAGUGUCACCCUACUGUACAUAGUGAAGUAACUGCUUUGCAGUAUUUUGCUUGGGCCAUGUGAGUGUUCUGGGAUGAAGUAUCAAUGCAUGUUUCGGGAGGUGUCUCAAACAGCAAUAACCUUUUGUCGUGGUUCUUAAAACAGAGGCCGGAGCUUUUUAUCAUAUCCUGUUUGGGGCGGCCAUUGAAUUUUUGUACUUUUUUUUAUUUAGCCAAGUUGUUUUCUUUUUGUAAAUAUAAAAUGCUGCCUGACAAAAACCAGUGCAUAUUAAAGAUUGUCAAAGGGAAGUUGGUGCUCGGAGGCUGAGGCGAAUGUUGCACAUAAGGGCUAGUUCUAAGUAGAAAUGUCCUGGGUUCAGAUUGCACUGUGCGAUAUCCACAAAGUGUAUUUUGACCAGAUUAACACUUUCACUAAGAAAUAUCAGACAACCUUUAACAUAUCCAGCAUCAUGCACUUUGACCCUCUAUAUCUAUGCACUGCCAAUUAGAUUUUUUGUUGUUUUGAACCCCACUAGGAUUUUCUGUUAAACAUUCUGUUAAGUAUGGUUUUCAUACCAUAUCCUUUGGAACUGUGAAAAAUAUCCAGUGUUAUAAUCAGUUCUUUUUUCUCCAUCCAAGUUUGGGUGGUGUCUGGAGAGAGCACUUUCAGCUACAAAGCAUUAGGGUGAAGUACUGUACUAACAGUUCCAGAUCUGUCAGAAGAGAAGGGAGCUAUGUGAAGUGAUUUAAUUAAAUGCAUUGGAGCAACAUCAGGGUAUAGGCUAAUAUGCAAUCUUAUUUUAUAGCUUCUCAAUAAUAGCAACUGAAGUAGAUCCAAAAACACUGACAGUAAUUAUUAAAAUCUAAAAUUGAAGCAGAAAAAGUUUGAAACAUUUUUGCUUGUUGAAUGUACUGACUGAACAGCAAUGCUUUUAUUUUAUUAAAGUGAUAAAUGCGUUAACAAAGUUGA